AUGGCGCCUAAACUGUCAAGGAUUGAGCGAAAAGAGCUCGAAAACACCAUUAUUAGUAAGUAUAAGGGCGAGAUUAAGAUGACAGAUGAGGAAAUAGCCAAAAUAUUCCCUCGAUGCACACCAAGAACUGUUCGCACCGCCCGCUCAAAUAUCAUGCGACAUGGCACGAUUGACCGACCCCCGAAACCAUUUGGCCGACCAGCAGAAGUCACGGAAAGCAUGUGGAUGGCCAUAUGGUAUGAGUUAAGACGACAUCCCAGCCUAAGUCAGCAAGCUCAGGCGAACUUUAUUUACAAGUUAUAUGGCAUUCGUGUAUCACGAUCCACGAUCGGUCGAGGCGUAAAGUGGACAAAGAAGACAAUGAUGACUAUUGCCAAAGAACGUAACCGAGAUCUACGAGACGAUUUUAUACAUAGACGGUCCCUUUUUAAACUUGAACAAAUUAUCUGCGUUGAUGAAUCCGGCGAUGACCGCGAAAUGGCGAUACCGACCAAGGGCUAUGCUCCAAAAGGCGUGACUCCCGUCCAGAGAAAGCCAUUUCAUCGAGGCAAAAGGGUUUCCUUCCUCCCUGCGUAUACUAUUCAUGGGGUUAUCUACUCUGAGGUAUAUGAAGGCACUACGGAUCUGGAGCUAUUCGAGUCAUUUCUCGAAAAUCUCUUGCCGCACUGUGGCAGGUACCCGGAACCUCGAUCGGUUGUUAUUAUGGAUAACGCAACAUUCCAUAAUGUUUCUCUUGCGAUUAAAGAUUUAUAUUAUGAAGCUGGGGUGUUAAUAGUGAAGCAGUCGCCAUACUCUCCAGACUUAAAUCCGAUUGAGUAUUUCUUUGGCGCGCUUAAGAAUCACAUAGAAAGUCGAGCUAUAGAGGAUGAGGACCAUAUCCGCGGGGACUUAAAGAAUUAUUUGCGGAUCAUGUCAAUACCCUGGGUCGAGGCGAAAGUGGCAGGAGAUGGGCACGGGGACACUUUAGAAAGGCACAGUACUAUAUUGAAGAUCCAGAAUAAAGGAGAAAGGAAACACGAUAUCUAA